UUUACGAUCAGUGCGUCCAUUUAUGGAUGAUGAAAAGUACAACAGAAUGGAGAGACUUGCUAGUGACUUUAAAAAGAACCUCGGAAUGCGAUUGCAACGCUACCUCUACCUCAAAUGGUGGUUCUCUUCUAACUACGUCAGCGAUUGGUGGGAAGAAUAUGUAUAUCUUAGAGGGCGCUCUCCACUCAUGGUCAACAGCAAUUAUUAUGGACUUGACACCAUUAUGUGGCAAAGCUCCAGCUUUCAGGCAGCAAGGGCUGCCAACAUGACAUUUGCUUGCCUCAAGUUCCGUCGUGAAAUAGCCCAAGAAACUUUAGAUCCAAUCAUGGUACAGAAGCUUGUGCCUCUAUGCUCUUGGCAAUAUGAGAGACUUUUCAACACUACUAGAAUUCCAGGCCUUGAAUCUGACAAAGUGGUCACCUAUCAGACAUCUAGACACGUUGCAGUGUACCACAAGGGACGUUUUUACAAGUUACUUUUCCAAGUCAAUGGCUACAAUCUGAAUGCAUGUGAAUUGGAGUUGCAGUACCAGUAUAUCUUGGAUGAUGAUGCAGAACCAAGUGAAUGCGAGAAGUACUUACCGGCUCUCACAGCAGGUGAAAGGUAAGAGCAGAAUACAUGA